UUGAUCACAAGCACUUUCCUUCCUCAGUUUUCUAUAGCCAUACAUAUUCUUAUCUACGAUCAAAGCUACUUAUUGAAAUGUGAAAAGCAUGAUAAUCUUGUCGAGAAAAGGUUCGUUGCAAAUUCGAAUGCUUCACAGAAAAUUCAAAUCAUGGGAUUUCUCAACAAGUUGCUGUCUUCGGAGGGACCUCGAAAGCCAAAAGUCAAGUUCGACCUUCAAAAGUGUAAAGUGCUUUUGAAAGGAGGUGAAAAUCGCAUACGCUUGCAAAAAAGUAAACUUGCGAAUUCUGUAAAAUUGCAACAAAGAGAGGUUGCUGUUCUGUUAGAAGGUGGAAAGGAUGAACUUGCACGAAUCCGUGCAGAACAGAUGGUAAGAGAUGAGCUACUGAUAGAGUCAUACGAAAUAGUCGAAGUAUUAUGUGAAACUCUAUUAACACGACAUAAUCUUCUUGCCUUGAACUUUCACGCCACCAAGGAGAACCCUUACCCACCACUGCCUCCUGAAAUUGCUGAAGCUGUAUGCAGCAUCGCAUUUGCUUCCUGCCGUCUCGAUGCUUCUGAGCUGCAAACCUUGACCGAAAUGCUAGCCAGCAGGUUUGGACCAGAACUGAUAGAUAGUGCCUGUGCUGGACAGCCUUCACAGCGAGUUUGGGGAGUGAAUAGCUUAGUCAAUCCACGACUAUAUUCAAAAUUGCUUUAUUCUGUUCCAGAUGGUAACGUUGUUUUACAGAAACUUCAAGACAUUGCAGAUAUGUUCCAGUUAGAGUGGAAGGCACCCGCUGAGUUUGAGGAACUGAAGGACCAUUCAGUCUUGGACUCUACAGCUUCAACACCCGUAUUUUCAGGCAAUGCUCAACGCGCAAGGUUGUCUGAUUGAGAUAAAACUAGAAAAUGGUUC